AUGCGAGAAUCAUCACACUUAUGGGCUCCUCCAAUAUAUAGAAGACUUCUCAGCAUUGAUAAGAGAGAGCGAGAUAUGUCAGAGAGGUGUCUUUUGAAAAUUAAGUCUACAAUACUUCCUGCUCCAAUAAGUCUUUCAAAGGCUAUUAUUGAAGAUGUGAGGAAAAAUUUGCUGACGGGGAUGAAGGACUGGUUAGACAAGGGUAUGAAAGUUCAAACUGUCCUUGCGUGGGGGUGGUUUAUCAGCUUCCUAGGAUCUGGUGCCUUGAAGAACAGACAUUUAGUAAAUGAUAUGUUGAAGGUUCUGGAGCAAACAUUUUCAGAUCACAACCCACAAGUCCAGAUUGCUUCUCUGGUUGCCUGGCAAGGUCUUAUCGAUGCGCUGGUUCACCCUCAAAUACUGUACUGCAAAAGGAAUGCAAGUCAACAGUUACAAACAUCCUCAGGAAAAAGCAGUGAAUUGAUGUUAAAUGGAUUUUCAAAAAGCUUAAAGCUCACAAUGACACCUCUAACGGGAAUCAUUUCAAAUUGUAUAUCAGCAAAGUGUUCAGAUUUGAUCUCUGAUCCAAAGGACCAGAUAAACCUUCGUCUUUCAGCCAGAACCAUAAUUCCCGGGUCUGGAAGGUACUCAUGGAAGCAAUUCCUAUUUAGUCAGUUGGAUUUCUACUUUAAGAUGAUUGCUAUUAUCAUUACUCAUGUGGCAACUGCAACAAUUUCCCCAGAAAGCAGAAAAACAGCGUGUGAUGCAGCUGUCAGGAUAUUUAGAUCUGUUUUAAAGGGAGUGCAAAUGGAGUUUAGAAACCCAUUAAAUAAUUAUGAUAACAUUAUGUUCUGUUUGAAUAUAAUAUUUAGUUUCACAAAAAAAGUAGGCGAAGAUGCUAGUUCAGAAGGUGUUGGUGACUUGUUUAACACUUCUCUUUCUUUAAUAGAGGCUGCUGUGGAUGAAUUAGAACCUUCUAUUAUGGAAUCCCCUCUUUACAAGGUGGCUUUAGACAUCAAUUAUGUUGGCACUCUGGAUUCAGUUAAUUGUUCAAAAUUAACUAUAAAUACACCUGAGAUGGAAUUGAUUUUACAGAGGCUUCAAAGUUUUUAUAAAUCCGUACUGUCUUCUGAUGAUCCCCUGGAAAGUUUUCUUGCUUCUGUUGGUUUAUUAUAUGGGCACAUGGGUUUUAUGUACAUGGAGAUAUGGAUGGCAAUGGUGACAUGUCUUAAUGGCUAUAUUGAUGGUAUGGAGGAUCUCUCCCUAUUCAAAACAGAUUCUGGCAAAUCAUUUUAUAGGGCCAUCCGCCAUCUCUUAUCAUAUCCAUUCAUUUUGUUCUCUUGUUCUGAGAAAGAUUUAACCCUGUUGAACUCUGGUGACGCCCUGAAAGAAUCUUUUAUUUUAUCAGAGAGAAGACUUGAACAGGCUAUUGAGAUUUGGAAAUCGUUUUAUGUUUCUGUUUGUGCUGCAUUCUUUAAGUUGUCUACUACAAACACUCUUGGUGGUGAUCUGUGUGCAAUGUUAAAUUCGUGUUUGGAUGAAAACAGUAGCAUAUUUCGGUAUAAUAGCGAGCUUGGUUUACGUUACAAGGAUCUGGAGUUCUCUUGCAUUCUUUUCUCUGGCAAUGUUUUGUUGAAUUGCUCAGAAAUUGUACGGGAUCUUGAAAAAGCCCUUUUGUGA